CAAAUAAAAACGAGUUAAAGUUUAGAAGAUGUCUACACAUUUUAACCAAAAUUUAGAUAGUGAGAACUUAUAUUGGAAGUUGGAAGAGGCUAUUUGUUUUUCCUUUUUUUCCUUUUAAAAUUUAUUUUUUUCUUAUACUUUAUUGUAGAAACAAAGCAUCUCAUCUUGCACAUGCAGCUCUAACAAAUGUAAAAGUCAAGUACCUUAUAAUAUAUAUAUAUGCACACAAAUUGCGCAACUUGCAUGAAACUAUAUAUAGCAUAAGCAGCCAGAAUUGCUUAUUCCAAAGUCAUAUCUCCAUCACCGCAACCGAGCGAGAGAUCACGACGAAGACGGAGACAAUAUAGUUGGAAAAUGCUGAUGAAGAUGGGGCCUUGUGGUGGGGACGGAGGCGGUCAAAGGGACGUGGACAUGAGGGGGGUGACACGCAUAGUGAAGGUAGAGGUCCGCAGCGGGCACACCAUCGAUGCCGUUUCGUUCUUAUACGAGCGCAACGGUAACCUCGAGUGGAGUCCCCGGUGGGGGGGCGGCGGCGGCGGCGUCAAUGAGAUUAAUCUUGCACAGAAUGAAUAUCUUACUUCUGUUGUGGGACACUAUGGUUACUUCAAUAAAGAUUUCGUGGUAAGAUCACUUACUUUUGUUAGCAACCUCCGCACUUACGGACCCUACGGUCGUCAAGAAGGAAUCACUUUCGCUCUUCCUUCAGCAAGGGGCAAAAUUGUGGGUUUCCAUGCAAGAUCUGGUCUAUUUCUUGAUGCGAUUGGCACUUACGUCCAGUUUGACUAGUCGAUUGCCGACAAAUGCCAUUCUAUGUACCUUUUUAUAUAUAUAUGACUUGUUUUGCUACAAAUAAGAGUGCUUUAAGCUUCAUGGUAUGGAGUGCUCAAUAUGUUGAGCCUGUGAUUGCUUCUAUUUCAAAAUGAUUGAUGACCAAAUGAGAACUUUUUUUAUUUGGUCGGGUACGUUCUAAUAAAGUAAAUGUUAGUUGUAAAAACAAAAGCUUCUGUGUGUGGAGCACUUUUAAAUAGGAUGAUUGUUGUACUGUACAUUGCAUCAUCCAACGUCUAAAGUGUGUUUAGAGGCAUGCAUCAUCUCUAAGGAUUGUUAGCCGUAUGAAAAUGCAUAACAUGAAUUGGUUGCUGAUUGGUACAUGUAGGUUGUGGUUGUGAUCCUAUUGUAUCCGUUGGUACGCCGUGCUAUUAAACAUUGGCUCUUUACUGUAAAAAUGAAUUCAGUGUGAAGUGAACGCCCGUUUGGUUAUUGAUA